AUGGAGACAUCACUCCACAAGGCACCACAGAAAAGGCAAGUGACCGCCAUUAUCUUUCUGUUACUACUGUGGGAGGCAGGCAGUGCGACCAUUAAGUAUUCUGUUCUAGAGGAGACAGACAGGGGCUCUUUGGUGGGGAACCUAGCAAAAGAUUUAGGGCUGAGUUUAAGGGAGUUGGUCAUCAGGGGUGCCCAGAUUCUUUCCAAAGGGAACAAACAGCUCCUGCAGCUGGAGCAGAAGACUGGAAAUUUGCUCCUGAAAGAAAAAUUGGAUCGAGAGGAGUUAUGUGGUAGCACCACCCCGUGCAUCCUACAUUUCCAGGUGUUACUAAAAAGUCCAGUGCAAUUUAUUCAGGGGGAAAUACAGCUUGAAGAUGUAAACGAUCAUGCCCCAGAAUUCAUGGAAGAUGAGAUUCUCCUUAAAAUCGUGGAAAGCAGCCAUCCAGGUGCCGUGUUUCCAUUGAAAAUAGCUCAAGAUUUGGACAUAGGUAGCAACACAGUUCAGAACUAUACAGUCAGCACCAACGCCCAUUUUCACCUUCUCACCCGCAAUCACAGCGACGGCAGGAAAUAUCCAGAGCUGGUGCUAGACAAAGCACUGGACCGGGAGGAGCAGGCACAGAUUAGAUUAACACUCACUGCUCUGGACAGUGGGACACCUCCCAAAACUGGGACUACUCAGGUUGUCAUUGUGGUCCUGGACAUUAAUGACAAUGUCCCUGAAUUUGCCCAAGGGCUCUAUGAGGUGCAGGUUCAAGAGAACAGCCCCGUGGGCUCCCUUGUCAUCACUGUAUCCGCAAGAGAUUUAGAUGCUGGGACACACGGAGAGCUCUCCUAUUCCCUUUUUCAAUCUUCAAAUCAAGUUCUUCGGGCUUUUGAAAUAAAUGGAGACACCGGAGAAAUUAGAGUAAGAAAACUGUUAGACUUUGAGGAAAUUCAGUCUUACCGCAUGGAAAUCGAGGCCUCUGAUGGAGGAGGCCUUUCAGGAAAAUGCACAGUAGUAAUAGACGUAACGGAUGUAAAUGACAACGCUCCUGAAAUCACUAUGUCAUUACUCAUCAGUGAUAUUCCAGAAAACGCCCCUGAAACUGUAGUCGCGAUUUUUGGAAUUUCAGAUCCAGACUCUGGAGACAAUGGAAAAAUGGUGUGCUUCAUCCAAGACCAUCUUCCCUUCCUCUUGAAACCUAAUGAAGAAAACUUCUACACGUUGGUAACUGAAAGGGCACUGGACAGAGAGAGCAGAGCUGACUACAACAUCACCAUCACAGUCACGGACCUGGGCACACCCAGGCUCACAACCCAGCACACCAUAACAGUGCAGGUCUCUGACGUCAACGACAAUGCUCCUGCCUUCACCCAAACCUCAUACACUAUGUUUGUCCGAGAAAACAACAGCCCCGCCCUGCACAUAGGCACCGUCAAUGCCACAGACUCAGACUCAGGCUCCAAUGCCCACAUCACCUACUCGCUGCUGCCGCCCCAAGAUCCACAGCUGUCCCUUGACUCGGUCAUCUCCAUCAACGCAGACAAUGGACAGCUGUUCGCGCUCAGGGCUCUGGACUAUGAGAUCCUGCAGGCCUUCGAGUUCCGCGUGGGCGCCACGGACCGAGGCUCUCCGGCUCUCAGCAGCCAGGCUCUGGUGCGGGUGGUGGUGCUGGAUGACAAUGACAAUGCACCCUUCGUGCUCUACCCACUGCAGAAUGCCUCUGCGCCCUGCACAGAGCUGCUGCCCAGGGCUGCGGAGCCUGGAUAUCUGGUCACCAAGGUGGUGGCCGUGGAUCGCGACUCUGGUCAGAAUGCCUGGCUGUCAUUCCAGCUACUCAAGGCUACGGAGCCCGGGCUGUUCAGCGUGUGGGCGCACAAUGGUGAGGUGCGCACCACCAGGCUGCUGAGCGAGCGCGAUGUGCCCAAGCACAGGCUGGUGCUGCUGGUCAAGGACAAUGGCGAUCCUCCGCGCUCUGCCAGUGUCACUCUGCACGUGCUGCUGGUGGAUGGCUUCUCUCAGCCCUACCUGUCUCUGCCAGAGGAGGCGCACGACCCUGCACAAGAAGAAGAUUCACUAACACUCUACCUGGUCAUCACCUUGGCCUCUGUGUCUUCUCUCUUCCUCUUGUCUGUGCUGAUGUUCGUGGGGGUGAGGCUAUGCAGGAAGGCCAGGGAGGCUUCUCUGGGUGGCUGCUCUGUGCCUGAGGGCCACUUUCCUGGUCACCUGGUAGAUGUCAGCGGUACAGGGACCCUGUCCCAGAGCUACCAAUAUGAGGUGUGUCUGACGGGAGGUACUGGAACAAAUGAGUUUAAAUUUCUUAAGCCAGUACUUCCCAACUUCUUGAAUGAAGGAGGUUACAGGAACACGGAAGAGAACUCCAAUUUUAGGGAUUGUUUGGGGUUUAGCUAA